AGAGUGCGGGCGCGCAACUUCUUCCAUCGCCUCUUCCACGUUUCCCGACAUCAGCUGUUUGCUGUCUUUCUUUCCAAACACGUUUUUUUGCGGAGGUCUGAUGCUGUUCCUGUAGAUUUUCGGCAUGCACCUCAUCCAUCCAUCCAUCCAUCGCAGAUUUCAACACAUGAACUUUGAGAGCAGCGUGCGCCGCGGAGCGCACGAUGCGCUCUGACGCGCGUCCAGGAGCGACUCUCCUCUACACCAAGUUGCGAGAGCGGAGAAACAGGGAAAAAGCUGGAAUCCUUCUCAUUUGAGCUCGUUUAAAAAGCAGGUUCCAGGUUUUUCCCAGCUGGGAAUGGGAGGAUGGACAGCAUGAGUCUGUCAGUGAACGCGGUGUCCUUCACCGCGGCGGCCGACGACGUCUCCACCACCGACGACCCGUUCACCGGCCCCAUCAAGAACAUCGCGCCCUGGACCUUUACCGUCCUGGCCGUGCUCAUGUUCGUGGUCACCUCGCUCUCCCUCACCGAGAAUUUCCUGGUCAUGUUCGUCACUUUUAGGUUCAAGCAGCUCCGGCAGCCCCUGAAUUAUAUCAUAGUGAAUCUGGCCAUUGCUGAUUUUCUCGUCUCCUUGACCGGUGGACUAAUAAGUUUCCUGACCAACGCCAGGGGCUACUUCUUCCUGGGGAAGUGGGCUUGCGUCCUGGAGGGGUUUGCUGUGACUUUUUUCGGGAUCGUGGCCCUGUGGUCUCUGGCCGUCCUGUCCUUCGAGCGGUUCUUCGUGAUCUGCCGGCCGCUGGGGAACAUCCGUCUGCAGGCGCGGCACGCCAUGCUGGGGCUGCUGUUCGUGUGGACCUUCUCCUUCAUCUGGACCUUCCCCCCCGUGCUGGGCUGGAACAGAUACACCAUCAGCAAGAUCGGGACCACCUGUGAACCCGACUGGUACUCGACCAACAUGAGAGAUCACAGCUACAUCAUCACUUUCUUCUCCACCUGCUUCAUCUUGCCUCUCGGGGUCAUAUUCUACUGCUACGGGAAGCUGCUCCGCAAGUUAAGAAAGGUAUCUCAUGGUCGUCUAGCAACUGCCAGGAAGCCCGAGCGGCAGGUGACCCGCAUGGUCGUAGUGAUGAUUGUGGCAUUUAUGGUGGGCUGGACACCGUAUGCAGCCUUCUCCAUACUGGUCACAGCUUAUCCAACCAUUGAACUCGAUCCCAGGCUGGCAGCAAUUCCCGCUUUCUUCUCCAAGACGGCUGCCGUCUACAACCCAAUCAUCUACGUCUUCAUGAACAAACAGUUCAGGAAGUGCCUGAUCCAGCACUUCACCGGCAUGGGGACCAUCCCGGAGAGCAACAUAAACCAGACCACGGACCGACCCGGAAUCACAGCCGAGUCUCAGACCGGAGAAAUGUCGGCCAUCGCAGCCCGGAUCCCCAUGGGCGGCACGGCGCCGCCCAGAUCUGAGGAUUCUCAAACCGACUGCGGCUCGUUCGCUCAGCUUCCCAUCCCAGAAAACAAAGUGUGUCCGCUGUAACCGCACACCUCGCCCCCAUUGGUGUUCUCUCUCUCUCUUGUUUCGGUAACUUCUUGGACAUCGCAACGAAUGGACAAGAGGUAGAGAGUGCCGAGAGCUCGAAAGGAUUUUCCGUGUUUAGGAUUCUGGAAAAGUUUGUGGGGGGAAAAAAAGACAAUGAAGGCAAAAAGGAUGAACUGUGAAUGACAGCGAUGCUUCAAGGUUCACCCCAUAGAUACCUUGAAAAUGCUGAGAACUCCUUCGUCCUGUUAUCCGAGCUCGUCUUGGAUAUUUCCCUGACCAUCGCUGCACAUCUGGCAACGCAUCACACUAGAGGGCACUUGAUUCAACCUGAUCGCAUCUGCCUGUAAAUCUCAAUGGAAAAAAAAAGACAGGCUGCCAAAAACACAAACCUUUGCAUCAGUCAGUCAGUCAGUGGAGGACUAGCCAGUGUGUUUUCAGAAACCACGAUGCAUCCGGCCUCUCAUCUCGCCCUCGCCGUCUCCUUUGAAGCCCCCGUGAUUGGCGCCUGCAGAGAAUCCAUUGUUUUUCUAUGCUGUUUCAGUAUUUGCUUUGGCAGCAAGUCCAUUCAUCUUUGCAAAGUCAAAAGCAUGGCGUGGUCUUUUGAAUUUAGAUAUUUUCACUUUAUUGUUACCGACACAGACUAGUUUGGGUCAAAGCUUUCAUGUUUAGUGAAGAUGGUCAAGUUGACUUAGAUAGAGAUGCUGGUCCCCUGCUGCCUCCGCUACAGAUGUAGAAAGACGAGAUAUUUAUGAAGCAAGCGGAGCAGCAAACGCAUGCAUUCAUGCAGCGAGGAGCUGACACACACGUGGGUAGCAGUUCACAGCUUAUUCGAAAAAAUAAAACCUAUAGUUACUGUGACAAAUACUACAAGUCACCAGUAUAUAUCAAUAGCACAAGAGCAGCUUUGACAAUUAGCCAUGUGUGAAAGCAACGGGGUAUUUCCAUCACAAGCACAAAGUCAGCAGCAAUAGCUAAAUAAAAGCCCAACAUAUUCAGCAUUAGCUACAGUAGAUGUAGCAGUGUUUGUUCAAUUGUCUUCUACUUGACUUUGUAGUGCAUGUUCGCUCAGUAUUCCUCAGUAUUUGUCAAAGACACUGUCAUAUGCUACUACAGUGAUUAUCUGUGUUAUAAUUGUAAUGGUUUGGUGCCUGUUUUCAGUGUACUCCAGUGUUCUCAGUGUGGUCCUGUCACGUUUGAAUGUUCCAUCCAAAAGUAACAUUUAGCAUUUUUAAAUGUCCUUUACAUCCGUGCCGAUUUUAUUGUGAUGCCUUAACGCCAUAAAACAGUGGUAAAGAUCUUGAAAAUUAGGCUUCAUUGCAUACCCACCGUAGCUCUGAAUUAGGAAUUUACCUGUGUAUUGUGAAACACCGCUCAGAUGUUCAGACGUGGCGUUAACUCGCAUCCCAGGUGAUCGCAUUAAACACCAGUGUGAAUCCGACUCCGCUUAAGCAGAAGAGCUUUAUUUCUUACUCUUGCUGUGCUUCAGAAAGGGUUCCUGUAGACGUGUUGCAGCCGGAGAAGUUACAUUUUUGGGAUUAAGGGCCAAUCCCAAUACACCCCCUACUUUCUACCACUAGCCCUAAAAAUUAGUAGGGCCCUUGUAAUCUUCCCUAGGGAUUGGGACACCACUUGCUACGUCACCGCGUGGUUUACGUUCGGGUACGUAAGCGACUGCGUAGUUACGUUUGCACAUACGUCACACCAUAUCAGGAAGCCCAGAGCUAAAAGCUGUUUUAAUUUCCGCUGUAGCGCUGCUAAUAUGCCACUUUAUUAAGUUUUAAUAUUUUUUCAGGCAUAAAAGUAACCGUUAAAAUCCCCAACCUGGGCUCAGUUUAUCCAAAUAAUGCCUGUUAAGAAAUUUGCUCCGACGUUUUCGGGAUGAGAAGAGCUGCCGGCUUGGGAGCUGAUUUAUGGUUCCGCGUUAAAUCGACGCAGAGCCUACACCGUACGGCGCGCGUCACCGCGUAACCUACGCCGUAGGCUCUGCGUUGGUGUAACGUGGAACCAUAAAUCAUCCUUUAUUCUGGCGAGAUUUUCGCGGACAACGGGCAAAGGAGUGAUUAUGUACAUCCACUGAGUGAAUAUUAUGAAAGUAAAAUAUAUAUUUCUUGCUAGAAAUGUAAUUAAAAUGCAUUUUUAUGCAGAAACUAACUCAAAAUAUUGAUUUUAUUCACUAAAAAAUAAGAAAUGUCCGCCAUGUUUUUU